UGGUGGAAGGAAAAGAGCCAGGACAGAGGGCAGAGAAAGAGGAUCCUCAAGGACCAGAGAGGCAGUGGGGCCCACAGUCAGGUGCGGGGAUUCAACAGAAACAGAAGGAGGGACGUUUCUCACUCUGACCCUGGAAAGAAGGAAGAAACUGCGUCUCUGACUACCAUCCAACCUUGAGGCUCACUGAAGACAUCGGUGGCCACUCCAAUCACAGCAGGUUGCAGCUGCCCUCCUGGAGGUGUCCUACAGGUGAAAAGGCCAGCAUCCUGGUCAGGAUUUAAGUUUACCUCAAAAACAGAAGAUAUUAACAUGCAGACUGUCAACUUUGAAGAUCUCUGGGAAAGUGAAGAUUUUAGUAAUUACAGUUACAGUAGUGACCUGCCCCCUUCUCUACCAGAUGUUGCCCCAUGUCGACCAGAAUCCCUGGAAAUCAACAAGUAUUUUGUGGUCAUUAUCUAUGCCCUGGUAUUCCUGCUGAGCUUGCUGGGAAACUCCCUCGUGAUGCUGGUCAUCUUACACAGCAGGGUCGGCCGCUCCGUCACUGAUGUCUACCUGCUGAACCUGGCCAUGGCCGACCUACUCUUUGCCCUGACCUUGCCCGUCUGGGCCGCCUCCAAGGUGAAUGGCUGGAUUUUUGGCACAUUCCUGUGCAAGGUGGUCUCACUCCUGAAGGAAGUCAACUUCUAUAGUGGCAUCCUGCUACUGGCCUGCAUCAGUGUGGACCGUUACCUGGCCAUUGUCCAUGCCACACGCACACUGACCCAGAAGCGCUACUUGGUCAAGUUCAUAUGUCUCAGUAUCUGGGGUCUGUCCUUGCUCCUGGCCCUGCCCGUCUUACUUUUCCGAAGGACUGUCUACCCGACCUAUAUUAGCCCAGUCUGCUAUGAGGACAUGGGCAACAAUACAGCAAAAUGGCGGAUGGUGUUGCGGAUCCUGCCCCAGACCUUUGGCUUCAUCUUCCCGCUGCUGAUCAUGCUGUUCUGCUAUGGAUUCACCCUCCACACGCUGUUUAAGGCCCACAUGGGGCAGAAGCACCGGGCCAUGCGGGUCAUCUUUGCUGUCGUCCUCAUCUUCCUACUCUGCUGGCUGCCCUACCACCUGGUCCUGCUGGCAGACACCCUCAUGAGGACCCGGUUGAUCAACGAGACCUGUCAGCGCCGCAGCGACAUCGACCAGGCUCUGGAUGCCACCGAGAUUCUGGGCAUCUUUCACAGCUGCCUCAACCCCCUCAUCUACGCCUUCAUUGGUCAGAAGUUUCGCCAUGGACUCCUCAAGAUUCUAGCCACACAUGGCUUGAUCAGCAAGGACUCCCUGCCCAAAGACAGCAGGCCUUCCUUUGUUGGCUCUUCUUCAGGGCACACUUCCACUACUCUCUAAGACGUCCUGCCUAAGUGCAGCCCCGUGGGGUUCCUCCCUUCUCUUCACAGUCACAUUCCAAGCUUCAUGUCCACUGGUUCUUCUUGGUCUCAGUGUCAGUGCAGCCCCCACUGUGGUCCCAGGAAGCAGAGGAGGCCACGUUCUUACUAGUUUCUCUUGCAUGGUUUAGAAAGCCUGCUCUGGUGCCUCACCCCUUGCCAUAAUUACUACGUCACUUGCUGGAGCUCUGUCCAUCCCGCCCCUGAGUCCAAGGCACUCUGUAUUCUAAGAAGUGAAAAUCUACACUCCAGUGAGACAGCUCUGCUUACUCAUUAGGAUGGCUAGUAUCAGAAGAAAGAAAAUCAGGCUGGGCGCUGUGGCUCAGGCCUGUAAUCCCAGCAAUUUGGGAGGCUGAGUUGGGCAGAUCACUUGAGGUCAGGGGUUCGAGGCCAGCCUGGCCAACACGGUGAAAC